ACAUACUGGUAUUGUACCUUUUUGAACACAGCACAUUCCUGAAAAACACUCAUUCUGAUGCUCUGACACUCACAGCACAGUCCUUGUUUUCUUUACACUGAGGAACUGUUGACAUUCCUCUGUGACUCAGAGCAGUGUGCUCAGGCACACACAUACAGGAGCAGAGUGCUGUGAUAUGCACACAUGAUGGAGCAGCACGAGAAACUACUGAAAUGGUACCCUCCGAGGAGAUUCGGGGGGUCCAAAUUUGUACUGAGUUUAUUCUUCAUUACUGCAUUUGUGAUUUUUGCAUUCGUAAUGUUAGAAAGAUAUGAUAAACCGCUGACUGAAGUAACCAUUUUUUCCAACACCACUUCUCCCAAUGACACAGACACACCCAGACACACUAGGAACACCAGUGAGGAGCAUGGGAGGGGAAAGCGAGUGACGCGUUCCACAGUUUCUGCGUCUAGGAGUAGAUGGCGUUCAGAGUACAACAGGUAUCACAGAGCUAAUGUUACUAUCAUGGUCAACACUACAUCCACUCUUAUGCUUCAGCCCUGUGACUUUGUGUGGUGCGGGGAGCAUGGAGCAUCAGUAGGAGAGAGAGAGGUAUAUGUAUGUUACAUUGCAGAGGUGAUGGAUUUAGGUUAUUACAGAGAAGGAGGACCCUUAUGUUCCUCAUGGAAACAAGCUGUUUGGUAUACAGGUAAUGCAGAUUGGGGCUAUGAAGUUCCUAACGACCACACAAACCUAACCAAUAGAUUAUCAAUAAAGAAGGUAAACUAUUCCUCAACAGGCAUCUUGUUAACAUUGACCAAUGCUCAGUAUUCGGACCAAGGUUACUUCGUUGUGUGUAUUAUGACCUUAGGGAGGCUUCCCUGUGGAUCUUUUUAUCUUGAAGUAAUCUCACCUUCCACAUCUCACACAGAAUCACCACAUUUGACGCAGACUUUUGAAAGUUUAUCUAACAGAUGGGGAUCUUCUGAGGAUAAUGAUGCAUUCUCCACUAAUGCAUGGCUUGGCCUAGUUAAGAAGUUCACGCGUGAUGUAGGGUAUAAUGACUCUUGUUAUGUAUGUUCACUAUUUCCCCACUCUCAGAAGCAGGCUACCCCAGUAAAACCACACACAUUGAAUCUCACAGAAGUUGUCUGUGCUCUGACAGCACUCAAGGAUGUUAGAGAGGAGGGGGGUCAGUUCUAUUCGGCUUUUAUUCAACCUUCACCUUGUGGAGGUUUUGCGAAUCGCACUGUGCAUGCUCCGAAUGGUACUAUUUUUAAAACUAAAAAUGGAAAAGCAUCUGAUAGUAUAGGACAGUUUCACCAUAGCCUUAUGAAAUAUUAGUGCAUGCUUACACUCCACACCGGGGUAUCUUAGUGCUUCAGUACUGAUACCAUCUUUGACUCACACCAUGCGUUGGCCUGAUGAUUCUGGCGCAGGGUCUCUUGUGGAUUAUGUUUGGCUCUGUGGAGACCAUUGGUAUCAGAUUUUGACUUCACGAUGGGCAG